AUGGUUUCCUAUUCAACAGAAACAAUUUUAACGUCAAUAUUCAUGAUAACCGUGUCCGUUUUGGCUUCCAUUGGGAACUUUUUGGUCAUUCUUGCAAUCUUAUGGAAUAAGAGACUUCGCACGAUGUGCAAUUUUCUGUUUCUCAACCUGGCUGUGGCUGACAUGCUUCAGGGGGCCAUUGCUAUGCCUCUCCGCCUGGCAGAUCAGCUGAAUCAAACAGAAAGACGUCCCCUUAUUCCUUGUCUGGCUGUCAUACCGCUUACCGUCUUUCUCUUUGGUGCCUCCAAUUUCAAUCUGACGCUGAUAAGCCUCGAUCGAUACUUGGCGUUAAAGAAACCCUUUCUAUAUACAAGCUUCGCCGAACCACGUAAGGCUUCAUUUAUAGUCGCGCUAUUUUGGGUGCUGAUUUUUAUCAUCGCAUUUCUUCCUAUUUUUGGAUGGGGACAGGCAGACACAGCCGAUGUAACUGAUAUUUGUUUGUUCUCCACCACUCUGAGCCGAGAUUACCUGUUCAUGCUAUUUUCUAUCGUCAAUUUAUCUGUUAUCAUCACCCUAGCUUUCACAAACUAUUUUAUCCUCAAAACUGCUCGCAGUCAAAUUCGUCGCAUACAAAUAACCCAAAGUCACGUAACCGGCAUAGAUGGUCCCUCUUUGGUCUACAAAGAUGAGAUAUCGGCGACAGCCGUCUCAGGCCGACCGACCUCCGACUGCGAUACGAUGAAUAGCGAUCAAUCACGAGAGAAAGUGCCGAGGGCUGGCGGGAAUAGAGAGCGAAGGGCAACAAAGAUUGUCCUGAUAGUUGUCGGUAUUUUUGUGUUCUUGACAACGCCAAUCACAGUGAUUGACAUUAUUAGCUUGUUGGGUUGUCCUACUUGCACACCGCUAACAUUGAUUAAAAUAACAGUAUUCAUGGCCUAUUCUAACGCCUGUGUAAAUGUAUUUAUAUAUGCUGGUUUUAACACAGAAAUGAGAAAUACCUGGAUUUGUAUAUAUCGACAAGCAAAAGAAGCUAUAUCGAGUCGUUUCAGGUAG